AUGUCUCCAGCGCAACAAGCUAUGAGUGCCCCCGGUCGAGUCUGUGCUCGAUGUGCUCGUAUCAAACAACGAUGCGACGGUGACCAGCCCUGUUCUCGAUGCAAACGUCUCGGCCAUGUGUGUAAGCCCCGAAGUCCCACUGAGAAGGAGUCUGUCCGCACAUCUUUGCCUGCAACGGCUCUACGGCGUCCUCGGGCUUCGCGUUCCCGCGGGGGAUGUCUAUCCUGCAAGGCGAGGAAGAAGAAGUGCGACGAGAACCGACCUCGAUGCAGUGAUUGCCGCCGGUUGAAUCUCCCUUGCCAGUGGUCGUCCAGCUCCAGUACUUCUGAGACAAUCGACACGUCUUCAUCAUCUUCCCCAGAUUCCCAUGCGACGGCCUCACCUCCUGCUGAUCCGAUCUACGCUUCCGACGGCGAUCCGCUGCUGGUGGCCUUGAGCUCUAUCACCCCGGAGGAUGACGAGGAGUUUAUCGCCACGCUCUUCCCACACCCUAUACCCAAACAGAACGCCCUUGUGCUACCCCUAGAGCGCUCCCCACUCUCCACUAACCCGUAUCUGCGUGGAGAAGAGGACCGGUCACUAUUCAACCACUAUAUCCACGUCGUGGCGCGGGCCCUAUCGCGCUCACACGACCCCGAUCGGAACCCCUUCCUUGUGACGCUUUUGCCGCUGGCGGCCGCGUCUGAUGCCGUGACUAGUGUGAUCCUCAGCCUCAGUGGGUGCCAUUGGAGGAGAGUCUACCCCAGUAUCUGGGGAUGUGCCUUGAAACGGCAAGGACAAGCCUUAGCUCAAGUCAAUACCUUGCUCGGCAGAUCCGAUCGCCAAUGCAUUUUCGAAGCCUGCGCCACAGUUCUACUACUAUGCCUGACGGAACUCUUUGAUGGUACCUCCAAAGCCUGGAAAUGGCACCUCAAAGCGGCAAACACCAUCCUCAAAUCCCCUGCAUUUCAGAACCUCGUCUCCACAGAUGAGUGGACAUUUUGCAUCAGCCUCUUCCACUACCUCGACGCCAUGUCCACUAUCUCCCGCUGCAAGGCGCCUCUCUUGCAUAACAGCGAUAGCAUGGCCGAGCUGACGACCUCCCUUCGGCGAAACAGCGUACCCGAACUAGAGCGCAGCCAAUCAACGGAUGCGAUAUAUGGUAUCUCGCCCGCGCUAUUCGACUUUUUGGGUAUGGUUAACUUGCUGGCCAAUCACAGGAGUAAGCGUGUCGACGAGCUCUCCGAGAUUGGCUUCCGAACGGCUGCUUCACAUCUAGAGAAUCGGAUCGAUGAGUGGCGGUCAGAUCACGACCAGAUUACCGAGUUGGAGCCUGAGACGGAGCGCGCUACAACCGCGUUUGAAUGGGCGAUUCGAUUGCGGCUGCAUCAGGUCGUUGAGGGAUAUGAUCCACUUCAUCCAUUUGUGGAGCGGUCGAUUACGAUUAUCCUAGAUUCGGCGCAGGAGAUCCCUUAUGCCAGUCGGGUUGAGGGGUGUCUGCUUUUCCCCUUGGUCAUUGCGGGAUCGAGUAGUAUCAGUAUGGAACGCCGGAUGAUGGUUAAGGAGCGUCUGAUGGUGAUGGAGAAUACUCUUGGGUUUGGACAUAUUCAGUAUGCGCGACAAUUGUUGGAGGAGGUAUGGAAUGGUGCUUCCUGCACAACAGAUCUAAAUUGGGCCGCGGUGCGAUAUAGCAAGUUCCCCGGUGUUGUGUUUGUAUAG